CAAACAUUAAAUUCUCUGGGGGACCGGUUUUCCUCAUUCUGAAUCCCAUCACUUUCAAGCAGAGAGUUGGAGGGGAAGAGGACACCAACGUUUCCUCUUCUCCAUCACAUGUUUACCCUCAUAGAUUGCUGGUGGCUGGUAAUCAAAAUUUGAAAGGACCAGCAACAGCCACUUCUCCUCAUCAUUCACAGCAUUUUCUAUCCACACAAAAGUUUCAACCAUGGAAAAUCCUUAUCUUCUUAUUCUUCUUCUUCUUCCUUCCAACUCUCCGGAAGAAACUCAAACUCCAUCAUCAUAAAUACUUUUUCUGGCAGCUCCUGGAUUUAUAAUUUUUUCUGUUCUUUAUCUUCAACAAUAUGGCAAAAGAAUACGCAGCAGGCCGGAGAAAUUCCAAUACUCAGCUUUUGGAAGAACUGGAAGCACUCAGUCAAUCCCUUUACCAAUCCCACACAUCCGCCACUAGAAGAACAGCUUCCCUUGCUCUUCCUCGUACUUCAGUUCCAUCCGUCUCAUCUACUGAUGAGGCUACCGAAGCUAAAUUUGAAGCGAAAUCCAGUACCAAACCCCGGUCCAGGCGAAUGUCCUUGUCACCUUGGCGUUCCAGGCCAAAACCUGAUGAUGAAGCUGAUCAAAAGGAUCAAGCCAGGAGAUCAAAUCAGCCAAAUCGGUUGGAAGAACAAGCAGCGUCAAAAGAAAAGAAAGGAAUUUGGAAUUGGAAGCCGAUUCGAGUUCUAUCGCAUCUCGGAAUGCAAAAGUUGAGCUGUUUGUUGUCUGUUGAAGUUGUAACUGCUCAAGGCCUUCCUGCUUCCAUGAAUGGACUGCGACUUUCCGUAUGUGUUAGAAAGAAAGAAACUAAAGAUGGAGCUGUUAACACAAUGCCAUCACGGGUAUUACAAGGAGCUGCGGAUUUUGAAGAGACUCUAUUUAUUAGGUGUCAUGUAUAUUGCACUCAAGGCAAUGGAAAGCAACUAAAAUUUGAGCCCCGCCCGUUUUUGAUCUAUCUGUUUGCAGUUGAUGCUGAUGAGCUUGACUUCGGGAGAAAUUCUGUGGAUUUGAGUCUGCUUAUUCAGGAGUCCGUGGAGAAGAGCUAUGAGGGAACUCGGGUUCGGCAAUGGGACAUGACUUUCAAUCUAUCAGGAAAGGCAAAAGGGGGAGAACUCAUUGUGAAAUUGGGAAUUCAGAUCAUGGAAAAAGAUGGGGGCAUUGGAAUUUAUAAUCAAGCGGAGGGAUUGAAGAGUAGCAAAUCCAAGAAUUUCUCAUCAUCUUUUGCUCGUAAGCAAUCAAAAACAUCUUUUAGUGUCCCUAGUCCAAGGAUGACCAGCCGAUCAGAUGCUUGGCCUCCUUCACAGACAGGAAUGACAGCUGAUCUUCAAGGACUAGAUGACUUGAAUCUUGAUGAACCGGCCCCGGCUUCAUCCUCUGUCGCCAUUGAGAAGUCAGAAGAACCAGAAAAGAUGGAAGAUGUCGACCUGCCAGACUUUGAAGUUGUGGACAAUGGAGUUGAGAUUCAAGAGAAAGAAGCUGGGGUAGCAGAAUCUGAAGAAACUGGAGAAGAUAAGUCAGCUUCAAGCGAGGUUGUUAAGGAGAUAGUGCAUGACCAGUUACACAUGACAAGACUAACAGAGCUUGAUUCAAUUGCUCAGCAAAUAAAAGCUCUUGAAUCUAUGAUGGGGGAGGAAAAGAUAGCCAAAACAGAUGAAGAAACUGAAUCACAGAGAUUAGAUGCUGACGAAGAAACGGUUACAAGGGAAUUUCUCCAGAUGCUUGAGGAUGAAGGAAGUAAUGAAUUGAAACUCAAUCAAACUGAUAUUCCACCUCUACAGCUUGACAGAGCUGAGGAUUCUAGCGAAUCUGAUUCAAAGAUCUAUCUCCCAGAUCUAGGAAAUGGGUUAGGCUGUGUGGUCCAAACAAGAGAUGGAGGCUACUUAGCUUCCAUGAAUCCUUCGGAUUCUUUGGUUGCGAGAAAAGACACACCAAAACUAGCAAUGCAGAUGUCAAAACCAAUGGUUCUUCCAUCAGAUAAAUCAAUGAGUGGUUUUGAAGUAUUUCAGAAGAUGGCAGCCGUUGGACUUGAGAAACUCAGCUCCCAAAUUUUAUCUUUAAUGCCCCAGGAUGAACUUAUGGGUAAAACUGCAGAACAGAUAGCUUUUGAAGGAAUUGCUUCGGCAAUUAUACAAGGAAGAAACAAGGAAGGUGCUAGCUCAAGUGCAGCUCGUACCAUUGCUGCUGUGAAAAGUAUGGCAAAUGCAAUGAGCACUGGCAGGAAAGAAAGGAUUGCGACAGGAAUUUGGAAUGUGAAUGAAAACCCAUUGACAGCAGAGGAAAUUCUUGCAUUCUCAUUGCAGAAGAUUGAGGGCAUGGCAGUUGAAGCCUUAAAAGUACAGGCAGAAAUGGUGGAGGAAGAAGCUCCUUUUGAUGUUUCUGCACUCAUUGGAAAGACAGCAACAGAUAAUGGAAAGGAUCAGGACCAAACGCUGGUUUCUGCUAUUCCACUUGAGAAUUGGAUUAAAAAUUACAGCUCGAUUUCUUCAGAAGCUGAGCUAGGAGACCCAGAAACACUCACGCUUGCAAUGGUCGUGCAGCUACGGGAUCCCUUAAGGCGAUAUGAGGCAGUUGGAGGCCCUGUAUUAGCACUCAUUCAAGCUUCACGAGCUGACAUUAAAACAAACAAGUAUGAUGAGGAAAAGAGGUUCAAAGUGACGAGUUUGCAUGUUGGAGGGCUGAAGGUGAGAACAGCAGGGAAGAGGAACAUAUGGGAUACUGAGAGGCACAGGCUGACUGCAAUGCAGUGGCUGGUAGCAUAUGGACUGGGGAAGUCUGGAAGAAAAGGAAAGCAUGUGCUGUCGAAGGGCCAAGAUAUGUUCUGGAGCAUUUCUUCAAGAGUAAUGGCUGACAUGUGGCUCAAAACAAUGAGAAAUCCAGAUGUAAAGUUUGCAAAGUAAAGUGAUUUUCUACGAACGAUUCCAUAAUUCUACAGCAAAAUUCGUUCUUUGCAUCUGCAACCUUCUUUCCAGGCAGGAAACAUGAAAGAGUACAGGGAGAAGAAAGCACUGGCACUUGGGGCAGAUUGUUCUUUCUUGCCUGCCAAAAUUGCAGCAUUAUCUUUUAUUGAGAUUUGAAAUUUAAUAAAUAUUUUCCUGAACAAGAUUGAUGCACUUGUAAGUUGCUUUGUAAGAAGAUAUUCACAACAGCAAAUACACUUUCUCUGUUUUUUUUCUUUCCUUGAAUUAGUUGUAACUUGUCUAAUGCCAUAAUUCUGCCAAUAAAUGAAGAAUUUCUUUUUUUUUUU